GAGACGUUUUGGGGUCAAAAUGGGCUUCUGUCGUCCCCUCCCGACCCUGCUGCCUGGGUGGGAGGCAGGGCCCUGGGCCGCAGGGAAAGCCGGAUCACCGAGCACUGGCCCCUGAGGGUCAGCUUUUAGCUGGAAACCCCGAUUGCCGUGGACGAAAGAUUGGUGCCAGGGCCAGCCCCUCGCUGCUCCCUCGGCGGGGCCCAGCGCUGCGGCCGCCGAGCCGCUGGCCUCCCGGCAGCCCUCCUCUCUGUGCGCCCCUUCUCGAGGGGGAGGGGGGCUGAAAAUCCCCCGCGGCCAGCGCAAGAGCCAACCCCUGGGAGGCAGGAGGAGGGCAGAGGCCGAGCGGGGCCCGGGGGUGCUGGGCUGGGAGGGAGCGCUGCGGGGCGCCCUCUCGCUCGGUAUUUCCAGCGCGCCUGGCGCGCUCCUCCCCAGGUGUUUGGAGAGCUGCGCCCUGAGCUACCCCAGCUCGUCUCCACUUGCGCUCAGCAGCCCGGCCAGGGGCCCCUGCAGCCCGGAGCGGCGAGGGUUUUGCUGUACAAACACAUGCUCCGGGUGCUGGCGAUGGUUAAAGCGCACACCCAGCAACAGCCCCCCGCGUAAAGCCUCAGGGCAGAGGGGUGCCCGCCUGCUGUCGACGCCUCGCUAGCCGGGGCUCCCCCGGGCGGGCUGAAUGACUCCGCGGCAGCUCCGCGUCCCGGGCCCGGCGGGGAGAGCCUGAGCCAGGCGCUGCUGCGGCUUGGCUCCGUUUUCUAGCUUCCGCCUUCGGAGAGGAGGUUCCCGCAAGGCCCCGCACCUGGCGCUUGUCUGGCCACGACCUAUUCCAAGCCCCGGCCGCCCGUUCCCACGCGCGCCGGCCAAUGGGCGGCUGGUGAGGACGGCGCGGCGCGGCGCAGCCCGUGCGCCCCCGGGAGCGGAGCGCACGGCCCCGGCCGGCAGAGGCGAUGCGGCUGCUCUGCGGGGCUCUGCUCUGGCUCCUGGGGCUCUUGUGUGACCUGGGGAACAGCAGCUUCCUCCGGAGCCACCUCCAUGCCUCCAGCUUCCUGCAGCGCCGGCUAAGCGGCCGGGAGAAGCGGGAGAUGCAGCGGGAGAUCCUGUCCAUCCUAGGGCUGCCGGGCAGACCCCGACCCAAGGCCUCCGCCGGGGGCAAGCUGCCCUCCUCCGCGCCCCUCUUCAUGCUGGACCUUUACCACGCCAUGGCCAGAGAGGAGGAGGAGGAGGAGGAGGAGGAUGAAGAGGAAGAUCAGGUGGGCUGGGGCCGGGGGGUCUCCCGGCCCGUGCUGACCAGCUUGAGCAUCCAGACGCCUCCUCUGGGAAGAGUCAUCAACCGGGCGGACACGGUCAUGAGCUUCGUCAACAUGGUUGAGCACGACAGAGACAUCUUCUACCAGAAGCCUUACUGGAAGAAAUUUCGAUUUGACCUGACCCAGAUUCCAACUGGAGAAUCUGUAACGGCUGCUGAAUUCCGAAUUUAUAAGCUGCGAAGUUUCACUCGUGAUGUCAACAAAACUCUUCACAUCAGCAUCUAUGAAAUCACAAAGGAGUAUUCCAACAGGGAGUCUGACUUAUUCCUGUUAGACCUUCAGGAGCUCCAGGCUGGGGCCGAAGGCUGGUUGGUUUUUGAUGUCACAGCUGCCAGUAAUCACUGGUUAGUAAACCGUAAACACAACCUGGGCCUGAGACUUUAUGUGGAGACAGAUGAUGGGCAGAACAUCGAUCCGGGCUUAGCAGGACUGCUAGGUCGACGCGGGCCACGCUCUAAGCAACCUUUCAUGGUCACUUUUUUCCGGGCAAGCCAAAGUCCGGUCCGAGUCCCUCGAGCCGUCAAGCAGCUGAAGAAGAGGCAGCCCAAGAAAACUAACGACUUGCCGCAUCCAAACAAGCUUCCAGGGAUUUUUGAUGACAUUCAUGUCUCUGAAGGCAGACAGGUUUGCAGGAGGCAUGAACUAUAUGUCAGCUUUCAGGACCUUGGAUGGCUGGAUUGGGUGAUUGCACCACAAGGAUAUUCUGCUUUUUAUUGCGAAGGAGAAUGUGCCUUUCCUCUGGAUUCCUGCAUGAAUGCAACCAAUCAUGCCAUCCUGCAGUCACUAGUCCAUCUGAUGAAACCCGAGGCUGUUCCCAAGGCCUGUUGUGCUCCAACCAAGCUCAGUGCAACCUCUGUCCUUUAUUAUGACAGCAACAACAAUGUGAUCCUCAAAAAACACCGCAACAUGGUCGUGAAAUCAUGCGGCUGCCACUGAAGGCCCUGAAGAAAUGCGAUCGCUGGUUUCUUGGCGAGGAAAAAGAACUAUUUUAACAGGUCUGAAUCCCAUCUAUGUUGCCAAAGUCCAUAAGAGUCAAACUCCUAGUCGUAGAUAAGACAAAACUUUUAUUAUCCUACUAUACUUCAUGAAACUAGAGAGAGCAAAUCGGGGGCUGCUUAAGUACACGUGUUUCUGGCUAUUGGGUUUUGUUAUAGAACUGUGGCUAGCUGGCUCCUGGAUUAUUCAUUAUUAUUGGAGGAAGUUUAGACUUCACAAGUGACUAGGCCAAGGAAGGCAGGACUUGAGUUGCUUCUAAAUCUAUCAGUAUCUACUCACUUAUGGCCAAGUAUCAUACAAGCACUUCUAGUUCUCUAAAUGAUACACAGUCAGCCAGUUAGAGCUGGCUGGCUAGCCCUCCUCUCCCCUCCCCUCCCAUUUAAAUCUUGAAAAUUCAUCCAAUUGGAAAAAAAAAAAUGUUGAGCUAGGCCACGGUUAUAAAAUAAACCCCUAGUUUGGAAAGUAAACACUUACUGUUUGUUUUUAGUAAAUGUCAUGACCCAGCAGCAGGGACACUAUUUCUCAGCAAAAGCCCCAAGGGUCUGCUAAAAUUGUACCUAGUAAGUAUUUGCUUUGGGGGGGAUCCAUUACUGUGUGACAUCUUCAUGUCCAUUUGUUUUCUAUGGGCUAAUUCAUUUGGGGUGAUGGAUAAAUGAGGGUGUCAGGGCAAAAAAAGAAAUCUCAGGAAACGAUCCAUUUAAUGUUGCCUUAUCCUAUGGAGACCGUGUUCUAGUUCUUAGCUCUGCUUCAGUUUCCCCAUCUGUAAAAAUGGUGGUGGUGAUGCUUUCCCCCCCCCCCUUUUUUUUUUUGUAAUGUGCUUUGAGAUCUACAGAUGAAAAGUGCAAUAUAGGAAUUAGGUAAUAUCAUUCGCUUUCCUGCAUCCUCACUAGGGGGCAUUGUACUGCUUAAAUGAAUGGUGUGCAACCUGGGGGGGGGUGCAAGAGGUUCUCUGGGGAGGGGGGGAGCAAGAAACUGGGGUCCCACUACCAUAAUAGCAGGAGCAGCAUUUUUAAAAAAUAGUCUCCCGCUCUGCAAACCACGGCUCUCCAGCCGUGAGCUCUCCAGCUCUGAGGGCAGUGCCGCCAUCAGCAGCAGCAUAGAAGGGUAGCAAGGGAGCAGAGGGCAUGACAAAUUCUGUGCCUUCACUGCUAUUGUUACCUGUGCUAUAAUCCCACCUUUACUGGCCAGCCUCUUCAAAGGGACUGACUCCCAACCCAGGACUUGCAUACUGAGCUAAAAUGUUCCCCCUAGAAAUCUGCUUCCCCCGUACCUGGGGGCUGAUUGCCAGCUCUCCUUUUUAUGGGAAUUGAAUGUGCCAAUCUUAUUUGAGACUUGGAGGGGAAGGCGGUAAUAUAAUUUAUUGGCCCACGUUCUGUUGGUGACAGAGACAAACUUUCAAGCUACACUGUGCGCUUCCUUAGGUCUGGGAAAGGUACUGAGCAGGUCACCACUCACUUCAAGGUUGAACACCUAGUUUAGCAGAAGUUAGCAUGUAGUCUAAGGAACCCUAGUUCACGUGCUGCAGCACACGCCCCAGAGAUGGUUGGUUCACUAUUUCCUCAGCAGUUCAGAGACUAAUUCUUCAGUGUAUCUGUCAAAGUGCCUGACAAAUACUGAGAGCCCACAAUCCUCCCUGAAGUCUGACUGUUGCCAAUUGUCCUGCUUUUUAUUGCAAGUCUCAUGCUAGCUGGGAUGUUCCUUAAAGCACCAGCUCCCAGAGAGGAUUUCAACUUUUGUUCUAAAGUGCCUAGAGUUGGGGGCUGAGCUGUCCAGGUGCCCUGAGGCAGCAUCAAUCUUUGCACAGCCAAGGGGGAUGCCUUUAUGAAGUACGUUCAGCAUUAGCCACUCCAGUCAAACUGUUGAUGCUUAUGGGGCUAUUAUGUCAAUAAUUUUUUAUAAUCUAAAUGUUUGCUACCUGAACACUCAGUGGUUUUUUUUUUUUUUUUUUGUCCUUGAACUUGCUUUCUUAGCUCUGAGUGGCUAGCCUACUCUGUAUACCAAUGGCAGAGAAUGGAGAUCCCAUUUAAAGUACAGCGUAGCUGGGUUGAAGUUUCUAUUAAGGUGUUCUGGUGAUGGUUUUCUGUUUUACAUGAGGAGUUGAAUGGACAGGGACUGAGUGCUCUCUGCUGGUGGAACUGGGGCACUACAGAGUCCUAGAGGGUCAAAUGACAAGCAGACUAGGGUGGGGUGGGGUUCUCUGGUUGCUCUGCUACUUCGGGUUGAUGGAAUAAGGGCUCCACACCAGGGCAUGUGAUGGGGUGACAUAACCGCCUAGGUCCUUGUUCCAGCUGUAUUCCCUACUGCUGUCCCAGUUUUCCCCUCAAACAGAACUGGAGGUUACUACUAAUUCAAGCAGCAGUAAGCACCGCUGGGAUUGCCCAUGGAUGCUUCUGUGCAGCCCCAAUGUGACUUGGCCCCCAGGAGCCUGGGGCCAGCUAGCAGACGGAAAGCCUGCUCCAUGGCCUGGCAGCUGCCCUAACCCAUCCCCUUCCCCCCCAGCCAGGUCCUGAAUCUGAAAGAUGCUGAAUUCUCUGAGCCUCUAAUACUCCUGCUUGUGUAGCCACAGGCCUGCAUGAUUUGACCUGAAGAACAGCAGCACACCUCUUCCUCUAUGGGAAAACAUCCUUGCUACAGGGUCCUGCCAUAAACAUUAUAAAUAAAUUGUAACCAACAAUCCUAUUAGACAUCCUGUUUCAGGGCUUGAGCACAUCUCUAACUCGUAGAGAGAAGGUUAAGCCCUCAGUUGGGGGACAGAUUCUCCUCCUGUAAUCCUAAAAUUAUCCUUCAUCCUAACCACUUUCUCUGCAGCACCCAGUACUGGCUCCUAUUGCAGACAGAAUAUUGGAUUAGCUAGCCUCAGGGUCUGAUCCUAAAGCUUUAUUCUCAUGUUCCACAAAAUUUGAGUGAGAAAAUAGGCCCUUACAAAGCUUCAUAAACAACUAAGAUUAAGGGAUCACCAAGUGUCUGGGGCAGUUAAGUGAACAAAACAUGAUUGUGAUAACUCUGUACAACACUGGCUCACUUUUUUUUUUCCCCAAGCAAACAGAACUGAUGUAAGAAAGCAGAGGCACAGCUAGGUGCUUUUAGUACUACAUAGUCUUUCAUUUGAAAAAUCAGUUACCAAAUUAGGCUUAGAACAGUCAUAUUUAUAGGGUGGGUGAGGGAAAAAGUAUCGUGGUCAUGCUUGAUUCUGGAAUGGAAAGAUUAAAACAUUAUUUUAAGGCCUGAUCUUGUACUGUGAUUUAUUGAAUUCAGAAAGGGGAAGCUGUACAAACUCACACCUCGUGCAGCUUUUCAAGAACUCCUUUUUUUUUUUUGCACUUAGGGUAAAGUUUUAAAGUAAAAAUGCUGCCAUCAUUUCUUUGAUGCUGCCCUUCACAUUCUGGAAUAGCAUAAGGAACAGCCAGUGUAGCAAUUUAGAAACAAUCUGUCUUCUCUAAUGAGAUCCUGUCAGCGUGGUGCAAUGACAUGUGUGACAACAGCUCAGCUAGGAGACAGUAAAGGAUUUGGAUUUUGGAAAGCAGCCCCUAUCGGAUUAACUCUGUACUUAACUUUCCAGGAUCCCUAAGGCCUUAUGCUGUAGGUACUAGCAAUGUUAGCUAAACACACUUAAUUUCAUCCAGUUAAGGAACAUGGAUCUCUAUGUUGUCAGACCAGCUUGAGCGAGGGGUCCCUGCUGGCCUUAAGCUAUUAAUCCAUAGAUCUAAAACUGACCACCCUAGAUGUUUUGGAACAACUUUUCACCUGUGGAGUUACUAGGGAAGAGUUAUACCAGAAAAGCUAUGCUAGUCCAUUCCCUUGAGAGACAAAGGCCUGUUCAGUGACCUCACAAGCCAGGCCCAAGACCGUGGAGAUCUGCACUGAAAAAUAGCACGAGACAUUCCAGACAACAUGACCCAGCCAUCAACAGACCAAGCUCACUUUCCAGGCAUGCACCUUGGAAAGCCACAGCUGGUCUUGGCUAUGGACUUUCCAUCCACUACCCCCAACCCAAUUUCCUAAAAUAACAGAAUUGAACAAUGGUGCCUGAUGCUUACUAGUCUUCUGAAUUUGCAAAUGAACUUGCGAAUUGCAUGGAUAUCUUAUGAAGGAGUUUUCCUUCUGGGUGAAUAGCUGUAUUGUACCUGCCUUCGUCAACUCUCCAGCAACCUGGUUUUAGACUUUCAGUAAAACUAUUAAUUAGGUUUUUCAACUGCAAAUGCAAUAAUAAAGAACAACCUGUAUUCUUU